UUUUGUAGAUUCUGUAAGUACUACUUAAAAUUUAAAAUGUGCAGAGACUCAUAAAUCUACAGUUUCCAAGAUUAAGUUUUUAUUCCAGCAGCUCUGCUGCAGAUCUGCCACCAGCAGCGGACUUGCUGCCAGAGACCGCCGCGACGCACAGCCUGUCUGCGGCGCAUCUGCAGACAGUGUUUUCCCGAUAGCGAAAGGCGUCGACUGUGAAGAGUACUUAAGAGAUCGAAAAGUCAAACGCGAUUUACAAGUUGGUGCCCUCAUAUUUACAGAAUAAGUAUAAGUGAAUUUUAAGAAAUAAACAGUCCGACGGAACGGUGUAAAUGUAUCUAUUAAAUAUUAACAAACUACAAAAUCGUCUCCACAGGUAGUACCUACACGAUUUUACUUUGAAGUUCGAGGUUCAUUUCCUGUUCUGACGGUUAAGCUUCCGUUUGAGCGGGCUUUGACCGGAGGUUAAUCUCUAGAAGGCGCGCACCGAGUUUUACCCAGAGAUAGUGUUCCUCACCGGUACCGACAGAAAACGACAGAGAAGACCUGCAGACCUGUCUUUUGUGCUUCUGGUUCUAAGUCAUCAACGCCCAAGGAUACAAUUGUAAGUAUUCAAUUUGAAGUUAAGAAUGUGAGCCACACAUUACACAAAUAUGACAAUGUAUAUGUAUAAAAGUAGUCCUAUCUACUAAGCUAGCAAGACUUGUCGGGAACUUACUGAACUUGUGUGAUGUACAGUUUUGAUGAUACAUGGCAGUGUGUUAUUUUUUUAGUGUGUUAAUCAUGUAAACUCUAAUUUCAACAUCCAGGUAAACCAAUCUGUUGGAGCAUCCUCAUCCUCCUUGGCAAAUUUAAAACCGAAUCUUAGACUACCCCACUGGAAUAUCUUCUUCUAGUUUUGCUAGGUAGCUGCUCCUAAUAUGACUUGGAACUAAGGAUUGCUGCUGUUGACUCCGAAGAGGUUCCUACAAGUGAGACAGAAUUGAGACUACUCAUUGUGCAAUGGCAGCUGAACCUUCAGAAAUGAUCCUCCGUGUCAUUGAGGCAGACCGUGUUAUAAAAUUAAAACUCAGCUCCCGGCCUAGCUCUGUUGACCAACUAAUCAACAUUUUGAAACACAAACUAGAAUUGGACAAUGACUUUAGCUUACACUAUGAAGAUCCAGAUUUUGAUGGGAAACUCACUUCACUAGUGGACAUUAACGAGUUGCCACAAAAAGCUGUUCUUCAUAUUUCCCUUUCAAAUGAUUCCAGCUCUGUUGCAUCAACUGAAACACUCUCAGACGUGUCAACACCGGAACGUCUUAGCAGAUGGCCUUCAGGUCCUUUUCCAAUUCCAUCAUUUUCAUUUGUUGUUGAGGUAAUGCUUACAGAAGGCAAUAGGGAAUUUGAGAAAAAUGGAACCCCUCUUCGGCUGGCUAGAGACCAAAAGCAUGACAUUCUUGAGCAACUUGCUUCUACUAUAUAUGGUUUUAAGGCUUACCCAAGUGACAAAGAGUUAGCUAAGGCAGCUGAAGCUCUUGUGGCCAAACAUCCAUGUUUAAAGGAAGCAGGAUCUGACACUGGAUGGAAUGGCUGGAAAAACAGCAUCAAGUUUAAAAUGGGUAACUACAGGACCAAGAUGAGAAGGGUCGGCUGUAAAGAGGUCACCGUAAAUGCUGGAAAGAGAAGCCGAAGAAACCCUGACAAUGAACCUUCACACACUAACAUCAAAAGGCCCAAGCGGGCAGAAGUUAACUUUCUGCCAAACUUUCCCAAAGGAGAAGAUUCCUCAAGUCUCGAACAUUUGAGGGAUCUUAUUGUUGAAGAAUUAAAGAAGACUGAGAGAAACCUUCCUCUCAUUAGUAAGAUGAUGCAGACCACAUUUGCCUUGCGGCGACAGACAAUAGUGAUGUCCUGCCCACCAGUGAAACAGCUCUUGGACCUGUGGCCUGCUCUUCGCAUGCAGUCUGAGGUGUUUGCAGAGUUCCAGCGGAUAACUAACCAGAACCUGUCUAACACAUUCUAUGCCGAACUUGAUCGCCACAUUCCUCGUUUGAUGGCUUUAUUCCGACAAAAGGCUUCUAGAACUGGAAAGAAUGCAGAUGCUUUGGCUGAAAUUUUCAAAGUCCAUGAUGAACAGGUAUUACAUGAUAUCCACUCAAGGCGUACCACUGUUCUCCAUGCCCUUCCUGUGUAUCUGCGUGAAGAUACCUCCGGAUUUUUCCAAACAUGUGUGGAUGGUUUGGAUGAGCCAGGUUUUGGGGAUGCGUCAGUUGCUCUCCUUACAACACUCAGCGACAAUUCAAUGAGUCGAGUUCACUACCAACCAGAGAAAAUCUCAGUUGUCCUAGAGGGUGAAGUGGUGGCCACCCUCCCGAGACUCGCUGAUGCCUUUCUGGUAAUGUUCGGCCUUACCUAUGCACUACAUCUCAGCUAUCCCAAAGGACUGACCAACACCUUCGAAUUUGCUCAGAAAAUUUUACUUGGUCUGGAAGAAUGUAAAUUGUCACCCAGACUGCAGUCGCUGAAGAAUGACUUGAUGGGACAAGUGUAGAACUGGAAGAUCUGAAAAGCAAUAAUGGAAUAAUCUGGCUCAUUCAGUUAAGAGCCUAAUCCAUAACAAAAAUAUGUUACUGUCUGUGUUAGCUGUUGUUCAACUAUUAAUGUUAAAAUUGCUGCUCUAUAAGCUGUCAAGCACUUGUUGCUACCUCACUGGUUUGCAGCCAGAUGGCACAGUGUGUGCAUAUGCAAUUUUUGUGUUUACUUUAAUUGUUAACUCUUCUUUUUGAUAUUGAAAUAUUUUUGUCCCAGUUUGUGAUGAAAAUGCAGAGCAUGAACGAAAAACAUGCUGAUGCCUUCUUGGUUACUUUUGGCCUCAUCUAUGUACCUCACAUUUCAGAUAUUCCAAAGAAUUGACCAAGACAAUUGAGUGCCUUAAAGAAUAGAGGACUCUCGAGUCUCACUGUUAAGAGCCACAACAUAAACAUGUAAAUUGUCUGUGUUGAUUGAACUGUUCUACUGUUGAUGUUCAAAUUGCUGCUGUACUCUAGGUUUUUAGCCACCUUGCACAAAUUACACACUGACUUUGUAAUUUUACAUUUUAAAAUGAAACAUUGCCAUUUUUACGUAGAUGUUGAAGCAGUAUUUAUGGUCAAUUUUGUCCAUUCAAGCAAUAAUUUCCUCAGUGCUGCUAUAUUGAUCAAGAAAAAAGGAAAUGUUAUGGUCUUCCUCUCACAGAGCUAUGUAGGCUAUGCUCAUGUCCACAACAUCACUGUGACAUCACUAAUGCAGGAACAACAGAUUUAGCAGUUAGGGCGAUAUGGCACACACUAAGGAAUUUAUUGUGCAAAUUGCCUAUAUUUACCGGAAAUGCAGUGGCAAUGUUUCCUUUUAACAUUAUUGUGAAAUGGGUUGUAAUAAGAGUUAUGGUAGAUUUAAACCAAAAGUAGCUGCUGCCUUACAUGUAGACUAAAAGGUUUACAAAAAUGGCCCCAAUUGUGCCUUUGCAAUUGUUGUUUUUUAUGUAAAUGUGUCUGUUUGUUUUUAAAUAUUCUUUUUGUUGCAGUCUUUGCAAGACAACCUUUUGGAAGGGUAAAAAAGGCUAACUUUGAUGUUUGAAAUUGUACAAGUUGGUAGUACUAGUAGUUUUUGGAGUUUCAUAAAGUCAAUUGUUUUGAUUUGCACUAAAUGGAAAUAUUGGAAAAUAUACUAAUAAACAUUGAGUUUAUUGAACACAAAAAUACUUGGUGUCUAUACUUUAAACUAUUCAGUUGAGCUAACUUAUUGCAUUGAGCAAUGUAAAUACAUUU